GCUUUUGCCUUUUUGGUUAGAUCAUUGGCACCCUUCAGGUCCCUUAAUAGAUGUAUAUGGUGAUAGUGUCAUGAAGAGUUCAGGACUGCCAUACAAUGCAAAGGAAGUACAUGACAUUGGCUACGGGAAAGACAGGACAAAGUCCCAUGGCAUAGACUGGUUUGGUUCUCGCAAUCAAUCCCUAAACACAGCUUCAUUAGUUGGUUGGCAAUACAUGAUAGAUUGACUACAAGAGCUAGGCAAAAGAAAUGGACAGCCAACAUAAAUGAUACAUGUCUAUUUUGCAAUUCUGAGGCAGAAACAAGUGCACACCUCUUUUUUAAGUGCAGUUACACAAAGCAAGUUUGGCACAAAUUAUGUGAAAUGGUAGGAAUUCCUUUCACUGAUGCAUGGCAAAAAUUAUUAGCAUGGAUGGGGAAGAAAGUUAGAAGGAAGUCAUUAUACACUAUUCUCAUUAAGUUGUCAUGGACUGCAGCAGUUUCCCAUAUUUGGAGUGAAAGGAAUAGGCGAGUUCAUCAACAAAGCUUUCAAUCAAUGGAAAAAAUUGUUCAAGAUAUUCAGUUUGAUGUCAGGAAUAAAAUUUUAGGCUUUGCUAAGCCUAAAACUUCCCCUUUGUCCAUGGAUAUUGCAAAAAGAUGCAGGAUUAAAGCUGUUGUAAAGAGUUGAGUGCAACAGAGUUGUGCUGAGUAUUACUUGAUUGGUUGUAGCAGCAAAUUGCUGCUCAUGUAUAUUAUAGUUACUGGAUAAAUAAAAAUUUUACAUUUUA